UUCAUUCACCAACCUUUCUUUUAUGCUUUGCGAAAUUCGACGGAAAAUUCCAAUGUCUCUCUCCGAAGAUUCGUCGCACACCGCCGGCGAGAUUAUUCUGUUCGGCGUGAGAGUGAAAGUCGAUCCGAUGAGGAAGACCGUGAGUUUGAAUAACCUUUCUGAAUACGAGCAUCUUAGUAACACAAGCAAUCCGGAGGCGGCGAAGGAGCGCGGCGGAGCUUCCGGAUACGCCUCCGCAGAUGACGCAGCGCCUCAGCCGCCCGCCGGAAGCGUCCGCUUCGAACGUAAGCGAGCAACUCCAUGGACGGAGGAAGAGCACAAGCUAUUCCUUAUUGGAUUGCAGAAGGUUGGGAAAGGAGACUGGAAAGGAAUUUCUAAGAAAUAUGUCAAGACUCGCACGCCGACUCAAGUCGCUAGCCAUGCUCAGAAGUACUUCCUCCGCCGGAGCAACCUCAAUGGCCGGCGCCGGCGUUCUAGCCUCUUCGACAUCACCACUGAAUCGGUUGCUGCAAAGCCGAUGGAAGAGGCUAGAAACCGGCAACAGAUCCUGGCUAAGCCAGUUGCACGCCCAGCCUCAUUGAAAUCCAAUGCCAAUGUAUGCUCAAGCUCAACCAUGCCAUUAUUCCCCAUGACCAAUGGUCCAGUUCUAUCAUCAAUGCAAGGAAGGAACCAUCCAUCGGAAAACUGUCAAAACUUCAUGUCAUCAGCAACGUUUGUUCAUCGUCUUUCCCAGCCUCCUUCCUCAGCAAUGGCUGAGCGGAACUUGAACCAGCAAGCUCCUAUCGAGUCAUUGCCAUUGUGUCUGAGGCUGUCCCUUUCCACGGGUCCGAACCAGUCGCCAUUGCCGGUCAUGUCUGGCUACAAAAACGGAGAUAGGAUCAUAAGUGUUGCUUGAGGAAGAAUACUUUUUGGAAAGAGAAUAAGACCCAUGAUUAUGAAGAAGAGGGCACAUCAUAACCAUGAACAUUAGAAAAAUAGACAAGGCAUUGAUUAAGAAAUACAGCAGAUUGCUUAACUAGCUUUUGAAUAUUUACCCCAUUUAUAAACUGUACAGACUGGCACCAUAUAUUAUCUUGGACUUACCCUUGUUAUUAGUAGUAUAUGCUAAUAUUCAAGAUUCUUGCUUUG